AUGGACGAUGAUGAGUUCUGGUUUAUGGUAAAUGACUUUCUAAAUUCUCCGUUGGUCGAAUGCGUUACAUUCAAUCGGGGAUUUGAAGACAAAACUUGGCUCAGAGAAAACCCUGACCGACUGGAAAUGAGCGCUGAAAGCUCUACUGGAGAGAUAUUGCAAUCGAGCAGUAGCAACAUGGUCAAAAGAGAGUCCGACGAAUGGGAAUUGACUGUCGAAGCUGAAGCAACCGCUGGAGAGAUGCUGCCACCAAUUCAACCAGGUAGUGGCCCUGUUCUCAGAAACGAGGAUCGGCCAUUGGAUACCUUGGGUUCUCACUGGUUUGAGCAUAAGGGUGUACUAUUUCAGGUGUUUAUUGAUAUCUCUGCCUAUUUUGAGUCUCCUGUUGAAAUUUGA